GCACAGCACUGAAAGAAAAUGGGGAUGUCGAGUUGGAUCCAGACGUAAUGGACAAAUACAUCAAAUUUCUAAAAGAUCAGAAAGUUACCGCUGUCUACACUACAGGGACAAAUGGAGAAGGUCCAUCUUUAACUGUGGACGAGAGAAAGGCGGUGUUAGAAUUGUGGAUUGAGAGAGCUAAGGGAAAAUUUGUUAUCAUUGCCCAAACCGGUGGUUGUAAUCAGAGAGAGGCUAUAGAAUUAAGUAAACAUGCAGGACAAGUCGGUGUUGAUGCCUUUGCAUGUAUGGUUCCAUCGUUCUUUAAGGCUAAAACUGAAGAGGCAGUUGUACAGUUUUUGGAGCCUAUAGCCGCGGCAGCUCCUAACACACCGUUCUAUUAUUACGAUAUUAACUUUCUCACAGGGGUAUACUUGAAUACCCGUAAAAUCCUAGAACUGGGUAAAAGUCGAAUUCCCAAUCUUAGGGGAGCAAAAUUUUCCUGUCCCGAGAUGUCUGGUCUAUUUGAUUCUACCUUGGCGGACGAUAACAUGCAGAUCAUGUGUGGCUCGGAUAUGUUCCUGGCAAUGUUGGCACUAGGAGUAGAGGUACCAGUUGUUUAUGGUCACUAUUCUAAACUCUUCAACCAGCUUCAGAAGGCCUUUAAACAGGGCGAUAUGAAAACAGCUCGAAAAAUACAGGCAAUCUUCUCCAGCUUAUCUGAUAUAAACACCAAAUAUGGUGGUGGUAUUGGAGUUAUUAAAGCUAUCACGAAAUGUUUUGGAGUGAAUUUGGGACAACCUCGUCUUCCUGAACUACCAUUCCCGGACAAUCAGUUGGAAGAUUUAAAGACAGACUUAAAGAACCUCGGCGUUUUUGAUGAACUGCUUUAAAAAUCUAACAGUCUACAUGACUUGAAAGUCGAGGGAAGAGAAAUGAAAUGUCAUAAACUAUAUUUCUUAUAGACCAAAUUUACAAAAUCUACAUUCAUCUACAAAA